AUGGGUGCUAAUGCAUCUAACUACCCUCAUUCGUGUUCCCCAAGGGUAGGGGGAAAUUCGCAGGCACAACAGACAUUCAUAGGAACAUCAUCUUACUCUCAUCAAGGUUAUGGCUGUGAAUCAAAACUCUAUAGCCUUGACCAUGGCCAUGAGAAACCUCAAGACAAGAAAAAGAAAAGCUCUGGUCUUGCCACCCUCAAAAAGAAAUUUAUUAAGCGUCGGAAAUCUAGCCGGUCUGCUGAUCAUGCCAAGCAGAUGCGAGAACUCCUCUCAGGCUGGGAUGUUAGAGAUGUCAAUGCAUUAGUAGAAGAGUAUGAGGGAACUUCAGCCUUAAAGGAACUUUCUCUGCAAGCGAGUUUGGCAAGACCAGAAGCCAGAACACUACAGAAAGACAUGGCUGACCUGUAUGAGUACAAAUACUGUACUGAUGUGGACUUAAUAUUUCAAGAAACUUGCUUCCCUGUGCAUCGUGCAAUAUUAGCAGCAAGAUGUCCAUUUUUUAAGACACUGCUUUCUUCCUCACCAGAAUAUGGAGCAGAGAUAAUAAUGGAUAUUAACACAGCUGGCAUAGACAUGCCUAUGUUUUCUGCUUUGUUGCACUAUCUUUAUACAGGAGAGUUUGGAAUGGAAGAUUCAAGAUUCCAAAAUGUUGAUAUCCUUGUUCAGCUUAGUGAAGAAUUUGGAACACCAAAUUCAUUAGAUGUUGAUAUGCGUGGGCUGUUUGAUUAUAUGUGCUAUUAUGAUGUGGUUCUUAGUUUUUCAUCCAACUCUGAACUGGUAGAAUCAUUUGGUGGAAGUCCAAACUGUUUAGAUGAAGAACUCCGAGCUCACAAAGCUAUUAUUUCAUCUCGGUCACCGUUUUUUCGACACCUACUGCAAAGGAGGAUACGAACUGGUGAAGAAAUUACAGACCGAACGCUACGGACUCCAACUAGAAUUAUACUGGAUGAAUCUAUCAUACCAAAAAAAUAUGCUAAGGUCAUUUUAAAUUGUAUGUAUACAGAUGUGGUAGACCUCUCCGUUUUGCACUGCAGCCCCUCAGUAGGGAGUCUGAGUGAAGUUCAGGCUCUUGUAGCAGGAAAACUAAACAUGACUAGGGCUGAAGAAGCUAUGGAGCUCUAUCAUAUAGCACUGUUCUUGGAGUUUAACAUGCUUGCACAAGGUUGUGAAGAUAUUAUUGCUGAGAGCAUCUCACUAGACACUUUAAUUGCCAUUCUCAAGUGGAGUUCUCAGCCAUAUGGCUCCAAGUGGGUACACCGCCAAGCAUUACAUUUCCUCUGUGAGGAAUUUACCCACGUCAUGACUUCAGAUGUCUUUUAUGAACUGAGCAAGGAGCACCUGCUGACUGCUAUCCAGUCUGACUAUUUACAGGCAAGUGAACAAGAUAUUCUUAAGUAUCUUGUUAAAUGGGGAGAGCAUCAGUUGAUGAAAAGAAUAGCAGACCGAGAGCCCAAUUUACUGAGUGGUACUGCCCACAGUGUGAACAAACGAGGUGUAAAGAGGCGAGAUCUUGACAUUGAAGAACUGAGAGAGAUCCUGUCUUCUCUUUUACCUGUUGUCCGCAUUGAGCACAUUUUACCUAUGAACAGUGAAAUAUUGAAUGAUGCUAUGAAAAGAGGCCUCAUUAGCACCCCUCCUUCAGACAUGCUACCAACAGCAGAAGGUGGAAAGUCAAAUGCGUGGUUACGGCAAAAAAAUGCUGGGAUAUAUGUUAGGCCACGACUGUUCUCACCAUAUGUAGAGGAGGCAAAGUCGGUGCUAGAUGAGAUGAUGGUGGAGCAAACAGACCUAGUUCGUUUGCGGAUGGUUAGAAUGUCCAAUGUGCCAGAUACCCUCUACAUGGUAAACAACGCAGUGCCACAGUGCUGUCACAUGAUUAGUCACCAGCAAAUCAGCAGUAACCAGUCCAGUCCUCCUUCAGUUGUCGCCAAUGAAAUCCCAGUUCCCCAUCUCCUUGUUGUUAAAGAGAUGGUCAAACGACUCCAGGAGCUCCGUCAUACUGAGCAGGUGCAAAGAGCAUAUGCUCUUAAUUGUGGAGAAGGAGCCACAGUCAGUUAUGAGAUUCAGAUUCGAGUAUUGCGAGAGUUUGGACUUCCUGAUGGUGCUGCUGAGCUUUUGCAGAAUCCUCACAAGUUCUUUCCUGAUGAGCGGUUUGGGGAUGAAAGCCCACUCUUAACUAUGAGACAGUCUGGACGAUGUCGAGUUAACAGCACUCCCACUGCAGAAUCCAUGUUUACAGAACUUGACUCUUUUGUGGCCUUCCAUCCACCACUGCCCCCUCCUCCACCUCCAUACCAUCCGCCAGCUACUCCUAUUCAUAGCCAGUUCAAAAUGGGCUGGAAACAAAGGGUGCCGAGUCAACAUCCCUCACGGUCCUUUUCUUAUCCAUGUAACCAUACACUGUUCCACUCCAGGACAGCUCCUAAAGUUGCUCCACCUGUCUACUUACCUGGUGUCAAAGCAGCAGCGCCACCUGAUUGCACUAACACUACAGGACUGGGGAGACAAACUGUAGCUGCUGCAGCAGCAGUGAUGGCAGCUGAAAAGAAAGCAGGUACUCAGCCCAUGUUAAAUGAGUUGAUGCCAGAUAUUGCUAUGGGUGUGUCAACGAUGUCACUAAAGGAUAGAAGAUUGCCAGAGCUCACAGUUGACACAGAAUUAAGCCAGCCAGUGACAGAGGUUGGAGCUGGACCACCCCAGCAUAUUUCAUGUAUUCAGACUAGGCACAUACACAGUUCUCGAAAGAAACAUGCAAUAGAGCAAAAAAUGGAUACACGAGAAAAUCAACAGGAGUAUCCAGAUUUUUAUGACUUCUCUAACGCUGCUUGCAGACCUUCCACUCCAGCACCUACCAGACAUACUCCUUCACCUUCCCAAGGCAUGUACUUUGGUCCAGAUUUGUAUAGUCACAAUAAGGCAUCACCAAAUGGCUUAAAGUCAGCCUAUCUACCUAACCAGGUAUCUCCUAAAAAGCAAGAAGAUUCUAGGAGAGAAUACGUUCUUUCCCAAGAUGGGCAUCAGCACAGACAAAAGAAUGAGCCCAUACACCUCGAUGUCUUAGAACAACCUCCCCAGCGGUUGGACUUGGCAUUGGUUGCCCAGGAAAAUGCUGGUAAUGGCCCAGUUCACAUCAGGGGAAGAACAAAAAUGGAAACUGACUUGACCUAUGGGCUAACCUGCAACAGACCUUCACUUUCUACGUACAGUUGUGAGAUACAAGAAGAACGAUCCAGCAGGAGACUGGCAGAUGAAGAACCUCUGGAACAUGAAGCACAGAGAAAUACAGAUUUGGAAAGGGAAGAUGCAGUAAGUAGAGGAAGGAGGUCUCCAAGCAAACCAGACUUUCUGUACAAAAAGUCUGCCCUCUGAAAGCCACCUCCCCUAUUUCUCUGUGCCUGAGAGUCGUGAAACACCCCCAUUUUUCACAACUUUUUGGCCUGACAGUUGUCAGACAAAAUCAUUAAUGCCAGCAGAACACUCUAUUUUGCUCACAUUUUUUGUAUAUACAUUGAUUUAUUAGAGACAGCAUGCUAUCAGUUUAUUUUGAAUGCUGCUUCUGGUUUUAUUUUUGUGGUUUGAAGAUAUUAAGCCUUUAAGAAAAUAGCUGGCACUUUUUUUAACAAAUUGGUAGCCUUUUGCACCUGUACAUUUAUUUUACCUGUAUUAGUUUUGUACUAAUAUGUUGAAUUUUAUUGUUACAUUUAAAGGACUGUAUUUUCAUACUUCUGCAUCUUACCUUUCACCUACCAAUUCUCCAUGUGCAUUGGGUUGCACACUAUCAAAUGUAUUUUCUUAUGAGAUAGUAACAAUGUUUAUUUUUGAAUUAUUAUAGGAAUUCCAAAGAACAGCACAUCAAAAUACUUUUUAGUAAUGUCGUUUAGGUGAGAAAUCUUCCUAGUUUAUCACUACUGCAAAUCCAGUUUAAUACCAUUCUGUUUAAUAGGUCAUUGCAGCUGGUCUCCCUUAAUUUUGAUUCAGGAAGACUACUUUAAAACAUAUGGCUGGGAUUUUCAAAAGAACCUAAAGGAUUUAGAUUUGCAGGUCCCAAUGAACUUCAUUUGAAGAUAGGUUGUUGUUGCAUUAGGCUCAUUUAAAAAAAUCUUAGCCUACAUUUUCUGGCUUAUUUGUGAUGUUGGAGAAUUUCAUGGGCAGCGAGAAGCACUUAUUUUCAGACUCAAAUGAUGGAUUUGCCCAUAUGUGAAGAAAAUGUAAUACUGCAAAUUGAUGAUAAUACUGCUGUGCUGGUCAGGAUACCCUGGAAUUGGGCUGCUCAGAGUUCAGAGGAUUCAUGCCAAAACCCUAAAGCUCUAGGGAGAUCAGGCUGAGUAUCUGUUGUUGUCUAAAUUAUAACACUGUCAAGUGAGAGGAUUGCCUCUCUCGUGGAGGUGCUAAGGUGACUGCUUAUUGCCUUGUUUUGUCCUGCUAUGUGAAAAACAAAGGGCUUUAGUCUACAUGGUGUCAUUCAGUGUUCCUUAACAUUUUAAAGGUCUCUGAUUUUUAUCAUUUUAGCCAUUACCUCUUGUUAACAAAAUCAUGAGUACCGCCUGCAUUAGCUUCAUUGGUUACAUAUGGCUUAGCACUUUUUUAAAUUACACCACCAGCCCCUUGAACAGAAAAAAAAAAUGGGAGGAGGGAGAGGUGUCUUUCAAUAGUAUGAAUACAAAGUAGAGAGAAGACACAGAUAGUUUGACCCUUGCCAUUGUGCUGAGAUUACACACAAAGGGUUUAGUGAUAGUAAUGCAAAAGUCAACACUUACUUCCCAUUCUGAGUGUUGUGAAAACUCUCGUAUAUGAUACAACAGUGUAAGUGUUGGUAAAUGCCUUUUUUGGCAAUGGUCACUAUAAUGAAAGAUCUUCCAGCAGAUGAAGAUUUUAGUCAGCUAAAGACUAUUUUAACCUUAAAAAUGCUUAGUGCUAUUUAAAUGUAAAUCUUUCCAUUUUCUUUAUAAGGCAUUUUUCAUGUAAAAGGCAUCUCUUCUUGCUUGUCUUGCACCUUCCCCCCCCCCUCCUAACCCUCUCAUUAAUGUAUACGAGGCUUAGGGAGCCAUAAGACCUUAUUGUGCAAUUAUAUACUGAAUUUUCAAAAUUAAAGCAUUGUUUGAAUAAACUCUAGCAUGAGUUUGUGAUCUAGUAAAUUAUAAUCUCCUGUAGCCUUCCACAUCGUGUAAAAUUCCUUUAAUGUACAGCCAUGUUAGUCUAAUCAUAUUGGGUGGUGAAGAUUGACUGAAUCACAGUUGGUCUUUUUCAUCUUUGGGUGCUUGGUUUGGACUCUAGCUUGGGCCACAAAUAUAAAAUGCAUACGGUGAUUCCCAUUUUCCAAUGUGUACAUUGUUUUAAUGGAAUCGUGUCAGUGUGGAAGUUGUCCUCCCCUCAGAAAACUUUAGGGUGGGUUAACACUGGUGUGUCAGGCUAGAGACUGAGGUACGUUGCCCUUACUCUGAUGUCUGUCACAUUUUUGAACACUAAUUACUUACCUGUAUGUACUGCACCUCCCCCACUUUGUGCUCAUGAGCACUAACAUGGAUGUAUCCCUCUCUCAAAAACAAAUUAGAAAACUAAAUGACUACUUGCAUCAAAGCCUGUGUUCAAAUGUUAGUAGCUUGAUCCCUUUAUAAAUCCUAGCUUCCAACAUAAGACUUACUAUUCUAGAUAAUUUACUUCGCAUACAACUGGAUAAAUCUUAAGGUAAAUCUUGUUUUAGCUAUUGAUGUCAUUCAGUGUGGCACUCGGUUAAAUUGUUGCUAAAAUGUCUUAGAAAUAGUAUGAGUAGUUUGCUGCUAGCAUCUCACACCACUGAGCAGUACUUAAGGAAAAACCAUCACCAAAAAGUGAGAAGUCCUUGACAGACUAGGCCAUGACAAUCAGGCCACCUAGACAAUCUGUACUUCAGGGGGGUGGGUAAUUGUCAUAUUUUGUUGGUGUUUUUCUUUUCUUUUAAUGUAUUUAAUCUACAUUCUGAAUUGUUGGUAAAGUGUAAUAAUUGAAGCCUAAAGUCGCAUGAUACAGCAGCAUAGCAAUUAUCCUCUAAGCCCAAGUGUGCUUAAUAUUUUUGUGUAUAUUGAACAUAUGUCAUCUCCCCAGCCCUAACCAGUUUAGAAAUCUCAUCAGUUAGUGAGAUUUUGCUGGUGAGGAGAAUGGGGGGGAGGGGGGUGGAAGAGUUAGAAGAGGCGAGUUGGCGGAACCUCCAAGAAACAAUGGAGCUUCACUUGCAGAUGUAUAGGAGUGUUGUCUAGUUUCUUGUAUUUCCUGUGUCAUCACUGAAUCGUCCUUAAGAAGAAAGCUCUUACUUAACUUGUGAUGCUGACAAUGUUUUUAUUCUAGUCUUUAAGUUUAGGCUAAAUAGACCACAUUAUGCCCUGAUUUGAGUUAAUACAACCCUUUCUAGUGAAUGGAGUUGCUGCUGCUAUUCAUCCCAAGGUAAAAUUUGGCCCCCGGCUUGUAUAACUAGACAUGUGACACAUGAUAGAACUCAUGCAUCAUACUUCUAGAAAUAUUAUGCUGAAUCUAAUCUUCAUUCCUGUCACCCCAAAAAAAGCAGGUGUACAGAGGUAGCUAUUUAAUACACAAGAUAUCUGUUACCACACCCUAUGCUAUAUUCAAUCUCCUCUGUUUGACUGCAGCAGAAGCCUCUUGUUUACAUGAAAGAUUUUCAGUUAGAGUGGAAAUUCGAAAAUCUCCCUGCUUUCUGCUUUUGAGUCAGAAAACUGCUUACCUAUUGAACAUUAAAAGAUGCAUCAGAUGUUUACUUCAGACCAUAAGAUUACUUCCUGGUCUUGGUUUAUUUAAUGUUAAUUUACUUGAAAAUAUCAGUACAAAAUCUUACUCAAAAAACAAAACAGAUCUUCCCUUGCUCCCCACCUUACUUGCUAAUGUAUGGAUGAAUUAACAAUUUCUGAAAAAGAUGCUUCCUUUGACUUGUUUUGCAGUCUCUUAAAAUUGCAGUUUUUUAUUACUGCUUUGUCAUUGGCAAUUUCUUCAAUUUUUUCCCCUCUAAGGUUUUAAUUUCUUUAAAGGACUGAACAUUUAAGACCAUGGCCCUUUCUAUUGAUAUUUUGUUCUUGGUUUUAUGUUAUUUGAGGAAAAAAUUGUCAUGAUAUAGAAGCACCAUUAUUUCUGCUACUCUUAAUGACCCUUCUGUCUGUGCUAGAGGUGGUGCUAAGCUCUGCUGAAUGGUAGGAGCACCUGAAAAAAAAUUAAUCAUAUUUGGGGUUUGUAUCUCUACUUCAGGAAGGUGGCCUUGCCUUCUGCAAUGUUACAUUUUGUUUGUUGUCUUUGUGCUGUUACUGGUAGUCAAGUGCCUUCAAUGCUAAAGGCUCAGAAAAUUUUCUUAAACUGACUUCAUGUCCUAUGCAAGUGUUUUUUCUACAACCUGCAUAACCAGUACUUUGUAAAAUUUGUUUACGCUUCAAAUUGUACAUAGUGUUUUUUUUAAAAAAUAGUAUUUUAUUUAGGUACCUCCAAACUUGAAUUCUAGUUGUGUGAUGCAUUGUAAAACAAUACAUUUCUCUUGAGUACCAUUACAGUUGUAAAAAGGUUUUCACUGGUUCUAUUUUUCUACUGUUGCUGAGAAGCAUGUAACAUGACUUGAUCCUACAUAUAGUUGGCAUUUCAAAUAAAUGGCUUGUAUAUAAA